CGCUUCGUUUAAACCAUUCGCGUUCCAAAUCCCAAAAAUUCAACCUUUCCUCCCCUCCUCUCUCUUCCUCUCUAUUUAACGUCCCCGCAAACUUGGACCCCCGCCAUGGCAUGCUCGCCUACCCCCGCUGGCCCCACCCGCUUUCCUCUUCCCUGUUUUCGCAAGUCAAAGUUGCAUUCUUUCGCGCUCCCCCCACAUGGCCUCCGUCCGCCCCUCGACCCCUCGCCCCUCCGCCGCCGUACCUGGGCCCGCUCCGGCCCAGGUGCCCGGCCGCGCCGACGGCGAGAUCCACGUCAUCGUGGGGCCCAUGUUCGCCGGCAAGACCACCGCCCUCCUCCGCCGCGUCAAGUCCGAGCUCACCGGCGGCAGGAAUGUGGCUAUAAUAAAGUCGAGCAAGGACACGAGAUAUGCGACCGAUUCGGUGGUGACCCAUGAUGGAAUGAAGUUCCCCUGCUGGGUUUUGUCGGAUCUGUCGUCGUUUAGACAGGAAUUCGGAGACGAUGCCUAUGAGAAGCUUGAUGUGAUUGCCAUUGAUGAAGCUCAGUUCUUCGAAGACCUUUAUGAUUUCUGCAGCACAAUUGCUGAUCGGGACGGGAAAAUUGUCAUUGUUGCAGGCCUCGAUGGUGAUUACUUAAGAAGGAGCUUUGGUUCUGUUCUUGAUGUAAUACCGCUUGCUGAUACUGUGACCAAGUUGACAGCUCGAUGUGAACUUUGUGGUGGGAAGGCCUUCUUUACAUUGAGGAAGACACAGGAGACACGGACCGAACUGAUUGGCGGGGCGGACAUCUACAUGCCAGUUUGCCGUCAGCACUAUGUCAAUGGACAAACUGAUGCAGAUGCUGCAGAAAUCUUAAUGAAGUCUGGAAUUAGGACCGAUUUCUUUCUUGAGGCAGCUUCAGAGGUUUAGUCACAUGUAAAUUGCUAACGUGUAAAUCAUCAAUGGGGAUUAUUACCUAUAAAAUCCCAUGUUGUGAGCUCUAAGAAACACAUAGUCCAGGUCCUUCCUGUUUCUUUCCUCACUUUCCAAUGUAAUAAUCAUACUUUCAGUGUAUUUGUAAUUAAUCAUAGUAUGCAAUCAUGUGCCUUUUGGCAUGAACAUUUAAUUUGA